AUGACAUCACCUCCAGAGAAUGAUCUUCCCACUGGGAAUGGCUUUGAAGGGGAGCAGUCCUAUUAUCUGCUGACGCCUUGGCAGUCCGGGGUAACUGCUCCUGCAGUCGGCAAUACCAUUUCCCCGACGGGCCUGUCUCUUGACGGGUCGUCUCCGUCGAUGACAUGGAGGCCCGACGAGUUCACACUGAACCAGGGGUAUCAGGAGUACCGAGAGGAGUUGCGCAGUCUGAUUUUCCAUACUGCGCAAUCUACCGGGCCUACCCGCCAGGGUAGUCCAGUCGAUGAUGAGCCUCAGGAUCCUGAUCUUCGAGCCUACCUCGACGAGGAGCACCGUCGUGAGACAGCCGGUAUCUUGGCUACGGAGGGGCGAAUAAAGUAUCUUCGAAACUACGUUGACCAAGUCGCUCCGUGGCUUGACAUGUUUGACAGCGAUCGUGCCUUCGGGACGCAAAUUACUUCUCUUGCGCGAUCAUCCCCCGCCCUUCUUUAUGCAGUGCUAGCCUUUUCAGCGCGGCAAAUGGAGCGAAAGGAGGGUCGAAAGAAUUCGUUCGACAGCCUCGAGCUAUAUCAAGAAGCCAUCCGUCUCCUUGCACCGCUGCUGGAAGGCCGAGAUGCCCAGGUCAUUCCCAUUUGCACCAUCCUAUGUUGUCUUGAGAUGAUGUCAGCGAGCGCGCAGGAUUGGCGAAAGCACCUUGAAGGGUGUGCCGCCCUCUUCAGCACCUUUGGUGUGCACGGCUUCAGCGGUGGGUUAUUACAGGCAGUAUUCUGGUGCUAUGCCCGCAUGGGUCAGUUUGUUCCCAUUGUUCAUCCCGUUCUGCGUGUCUACCAUACGGACAGUCUAACUAAGCGAUCAGAUCUCUGUGGUGCCCUCAUCUCUGAUGGCACAGAGUCUACUCUCCUUCCCCCUUCCCAGUGGCUUGCACACACUCCAAGCUCUGACACUGUUUCGGCCUCGCGCACCCUAUUUAGCGGUUCCCCACACCCAGAUAUGCACGCAAAUUACUCGGUAUAUCUCUGCGCGCGUGUCUGCGAGCUCCUUUCCGAUCGGACGAAGUGCCUCGAGCUCGGCGAGAAUAAUGGAUGCUCGGGAGCGGUGUUUGAGGAACGCUGGGUCUCUCUCUGGGAAGAGCUACAGACAUGGUUGUCCGAUAGACCUCCGGAUUUUGUGCCAAUCAAGACAGUCGAGACGAGCCCCUUUCCGGAGAUUCUAUACUCGAGAUGGUCAGCUAUCUCCUCUAAUCAGCUGCAUCACACAGCGUGCAUCAUCAUGCUAGAUAUGAUGCCAAAGCCUCUGCGUGUACGGACGAGUCUCGGGACUGCGGGGUCGGCUCUCUGGCAUGUUAAGCGGGUGUGCGGCAUCUCCUGGACGAAUCCCCACCAUGGGUGCUUGAACAACGCUAUUCAACCUCUAUGGGUGGCAGGGAGACUUCUCACUCACAAGUCAGAACAUGCUAUGCUCGUGAAACUGAUAUGGAACAUUGAGGCUUUGACGGGGUGGGGAACGUGUUGGCGCAUAGCGGAUUUGGAAGAAGUUUGGGGUUACAGAGUCAAGAAGAGCAGUUUUUCAAUUCCGCAUUUUUGA